UUCAAAGAUAUAUGUGUAAGAAGGUACUCUGCCUCUACUUAGCCACACUGAAGUUUCCCAUAAGCAAGAACCCAGAAGAACCCCUGGUGACUGACGGUCACUCUGUCAUAAACCAAGCUGUAAUGAAGCCAGAAUUAAAAUUGCGAUGCAUCCACGUGCAGAAAAUUAGGUAUGUUUGGAACACCGUGGAGAAGCAGUUUCAGAAAGUUGGAUUGCUAGAAGACAGCAACUCCUGCUACGACAUACAUCAUACGUUCGGACUGGGUCUGACCAGCGAAGAACAAGAGGUCAGAAGAUUAGUGUGUGGGCCCAAUGCCAUUGAGGUUGAAAUCCAACCCAUAUGGAAGCUGCUUGUUAAACAGGUUUUAAAUCCAUUCUACGUAUUCCAAGCCUUCACCCUAACUUUGUGGCUGUCUCAAGGCUAUAUAGAAUACUCUGUGGCCAUCAUCAUCUUGUCUCUUAUCUCCAUUGUUUUAAGCGUGUAUGAUUUGCGACAGCAAUCAGUUAAGCUGCACAACCUGGUGGAAGAACACAACAAAGUCCAGGUUACGACCAUCGUCAAAGACAAAGGUUUGCAGGAGAUGGAAUCCCGCCUCUUGGUUCCUGGCGACAUUCUUAUUCUUCCUGGAAAAAUGUCAUUGCCAUGUGAUGCUGUUCUGAUUGAUGGGAGCUGUGUGGUGAAUGAAGGCAUGCUCACAGGAGAAAGCAUACCUGUUACAAAGACACCAUUACCCACAAUGGAGAAUACUACACCUUGGAAAUCCCACAGCUUGGAGGAUUAUCGGAAACACGUCCUUUUCUGUGGAACAGAAGUUAUCCAGGUCAAGCCCUCUGGACAGGGGCCUGUAAGAGCGGUCGUUUUGCAGACAGGUUAUAAUACAGCCAAAGGUGACUUGGUGAGAUCCAUCCUAUACCCUCGACCUCUGAACUUCAAACUAUACAGUGAUGCCUUCAAGUUUAUGGUGUUCCUGGCCUGCCUUGGUGUUGUGGGUUUUUUCUAUGCCCUAGGAGUAUACAUGUACCAUGGAGUCCCUCCAAGAGACACCGUGUCCAUGUCCCUGCUCCUCCUCACGGUGACGGUUCCUCCCGUGCUGCCGGCUGCCCUGACCAUAGGCAUCGUGUAUGCCCAGAAGAGGCUGAAGAAAAAGCAAAUCUUCUGUAUCUCUCCACAGAGAAUCAAUAUGUGUGGCCAAAUCAACCUCGUGUGCUUUGACAAAACUGGCACUCUUACCGAAGAUGGGCUGGAUCUCUGGGGCACUGUCCCUACUGCUGACAACCGUUUCCAGGAAGUCCACAGCUUUGCCUCGGGUAAGGCUUUGCCAUGGAGCCCACUGUGCGCAGCCAUGGCCAGUUGCCAUUCCCUGAUCCUUCUCAAUGGGACCAUCCAGGGAGACCCUCUGGACCUCAAAAUGUUUGAGGGGACUGCUUGGAAAAUGGAAGAUCGCAAUGUAGACUCUUGCAAAUCUGGGAUGUCAGAUUCAAACAUAGUAAUAAAACCAGGACCAAAAGCCAGUCAGAGUCCCGUGGAAGCCAUCACCGUCUUGCGCCAGUUUCCCUUCUCCUCAAGUUUGCAGAGGAUGUCCGUGAUGGCCCACUUGACUGGGGAGGAUCAUGUUCAUGUCUACAUGAAAGGCGCCCCAGAGAUGGUGGCCCAGUUCUGCCGAACUGAAACAGUGCCCAAGAAUUUUUUACAGGAACUGAGGAAUUACACAGUGCAAGGCUUCCGUGUCAUUGCACUUGCCCACAAAGCCUUGACGAUGGGGAAGCUUACAGAAGUGGGACAUUUAACCAGGGAAAAAGUGGAGUCAGAGUUAACAUUUCUGGGACUUCUCAUUAUGGAGAAUCGCUUGAAACGGGAAACCAAACCAGUCUUGAAGGAACUGAAAGAAGCUCACAUCAGGACUGUGAUGAUUACAGGUGACAACCUUCAAACAGCUAUUACAGUUGCAAAGAAUUCUGAAAUGAUUCCUCAAAGCAGCCAAGUGAUCAUUGUUGAAGCCAAUGAACCAGAAGAGUUUGCUCCUGCUUCUGUGACCUGGCAGCUGGUAGAGAACCAAGAGCCUAGACGUGAGAAAAAUGAAAUCUGCAUUAACAUUGGAAACAGUUCAGCACUUGAUGGGGGAAGAGGAACCAAUUACCAUUUUGCGAUGAGUGGGAAAUCAUACCAAGUGAUAUUUCAGCAUUUCAACAGCUUGCUUCCAAAAAUUCUGGUGAAUGGAACCAUUUUUGCAAGAAUGUCUCCUGGGCAGAAAUCAAGCCUCAUUGAAGAAUUUCAGAAAUUAAACUAUUAUGUGGGCAUGUGUGGAGAUGGAGCUAAUGACUGUGGGGCUUUGAAAAUGGCUCAUGCAGGCAUCUCUCUGUCAGAGCAAGAAGCAUCUGUGGCAUCUCCGUUUACCUCAAAAGUAGCCAACAUUGAAUGUGUGCCUCAUCUUAUCAGGGAAGGCCGAGCUGCUCUGGUUUCAUCCUUUGGGGUGUUUAAGUACUUGACCAUGUAUGGCAUAAUCCAGUUUAUUGGUACAUCACUGCUCUAUUGGCAACUACAACUCUUUGGGAAUUACCAGUAUCUCAUGCAAGAUGUAGCCAUUACUCUGAUGGUCUGUCUAACAAUGAGUUCAACUCAGGCCUACCCCAAGCUGGCUCCGUACCGCCCGGCAGGGCAGCUCCUUUCCCCGCCUCUGCUGCUCUCAGUGUUCUUGAAUUCCUGCUUCACCUGCACUGUACAGAUCUGCGCAUUUCUCUCUGUGAAGCAGCAGCCCUGGUACUGUGAGGUCCACCGCUACACUGACUGCUAUCUGGUCAACCAAAGUCAUUUCUCAACAAACGUGAGUUUGGAAAGGACCUGGAAUGGAAACGCAACUUUGGUCCCUGGCUCAGUGCUGAGUUUUGAGACGACCACGCUGUGGCCCAUCACCACCAUCAACUGCAUCACAGCGGCAUUUAUCUUUUCUAAGGGCAAGCCAUUUCGAAAGCCCAUCUAUACAAACCAUAUGUUUUCAUUUCUUCUGCUAUCCGCCUUGGGCCUCACAAUUUUCAUUACAUUUUCUGAUUUUCAAGAUAUAUACCGUGGAAUGGAGUUCAUCCCAACCAUAACAUCAUGGAGAGUUUCAAUUUUGGUGGCAGCCCUCAUCCAAUUCUGUGUGGCCUUCUUUGUAGAGGAUGCCGUCCUUCAAAAUCGAGAGCUCUGGCUGUUGAUCAAGAAAGAAUUUGGAUUCUACUCUAAAAGUCAAUAUAGGAACUGGCAAAAAAAGCUGGCAGAAGAUCCAACCUGGCCUCCCACAAACAGGAUAGAUUAUUCGGGUGACAGUAAAAAUGGAGCCUACAUCAACGGAGGGUAUGAAAGCCUCGAACAGAUUCCAAAAGAGAAACUGGAAGUGGAAAGACAAACCACAGAACAGCAUUUUUGGACCAGACUGUGAUCAGAAUUGUUACUAGACGUGCCCAACAGCAUCCCCCUUUCCCCAAAGCUAAAACCUCGUGGGAUGAUGAUGAGUCUCUGGCUUCUCUCUGGCCAUCUGAACAACCAAAAGCAAGUUCCCCAGAAUACUGAGUCUGCAGCCAAGGACCUUAAACAUGCCUCGUUGACUGUA